GGCGCCACCGUCGCAGUGUGUACAUGAAGUUGUCUUUAUAUCUGCGGAUCGUCUGGCCGCGCGUACCGCAGCAGUUUUUUUUCGCAGUGAUUUUAGCCAAGUUUUCGGGAAAAGGAUUGCAACGGGACGGCUCUCCCGACUCCUGGACUCGAGGCAGGCUCAGGGAUUUCGACGCACACGUCUCCUCGCACAUUUUCGCACCUUAUACUUCUUUUUUCUUCAUCAUUUUGGCCGGAGGAUCGCGGGGAGGCGUCAACGCGCAGACGGACUUCGACGAGAGCAAUGCACCCCGCAUGGAAAAAGCGCAGCCUCUACUGCGAGCGGUAUCGACAGCGUACGAAGACAUGUAACGUACAGAUGCGGCCUUGUUACUGAUCCGAUCAGACCUAACGUCAUCGACAACGAGAAUCCGAGGCGAGACCCGCCACGAGGAGAAAGAUAAACAGAGAGAAGAAGAGGAACAGGUCGAAGAGAAAGCGAUAGAGAAAGAGAAGAAGGAUAUAACCCUUUCUCUCUUGUGGAACAAAACAAGCGGAAGCCACAUCACGCCCGACAUCAUGACGCAACAAAGCGGUGCUGGGUCACCCCAGCAAUUUUGUUUGCGCUGGAACAAUUAUCAGACUAACCUAACCAACGUCUUCGAUCAGCUCUUACAGAGCGAAAGCUUCGUAGACGUGACCUUAGCCUGCGACGGGCACAGCGUCAAGGCUCACAAGAUGGUCCUCUCGGCCUGCAGCCCCUAUUUUCAAGCACUCUUCUUCGACAAUCCCUGCCAACACCCGAUCGUCAUUAUGAAGGACAUCAAAUGGCCGGAGCUGAAAGCUGCGGUCGAGUUUAUGUACAAGGGCGAGAUCAACGUCUCCCAGGAGCAGAUCGGGCCGCUGCUCAAGGUCGCGGAGAGCCUCAAGAUUCGCGGCCUCGCGGACGUCAACAGCGAACAGGAACUGACGUCCAGACCGACCUUAGAGGAGGUCGCGACCGCGGCGUUGCAGCGGAAGAAACGUCGCCGGGUGUCCGGCGAGCGUUCCCCGUCCAGCAACACCAGUCCGGAGCGCAUGGGCCCCGGCAGCAUCGUCGACGACCAAGACGUGAUCGCCGGCAACAUCGUCAUCCCCGAGAUCCACAACAUGAUACCGCCGACCGCCAGCUCGACACCCAGGUCCCUAGGCUCGCCUAGCACGCCCAGUAUGCCUAGCAUCUCCGUCACUCCGCAGAUCAACAUGCAGGACCUUCCUGUCUCGCUGCCCUUACCACCACCCCCGCCGCCGCCGCCGCAGGGACAGCAGAGUUCGCACCCCCUGUCGACCCACCACGUGCCCGGCCACGUGACUUCCGGUCCGCACGCGCCCGUCAACCACCUGGGCGCCCACGGUCAACCGCUCACCGUUCAACAGCAACAGCAGCAGCAACAACAACAGCAGCAGCAGCAGCAUCAUUCGCAGGGCACCGGCAGUCAGACUGUCACUGCCGACGAUCUCGAGAUCAAGCCCGGCAUCGCGGAGAUGAUUCGGGAGGAGGAAAGGGUGAGUCAACUUUUCUUUAUUUAGCAUCUAUCAUUCUCCGUUUUUUAG